AUGAAAAAUGAUUAAAGUAUAUGGAAAUAUAACCCAUCAUCUUUAUAUAGAGAAAAACAAUAUAGUAUUUUUAGAUAAGUAGGACAUUAAUCACUUAAAUAAUUAUUACCUUAAGAAAUACAUAAUAAAAAGAGAAGGCAUAAUUUCAGUUUAUAAAAUUCUUUUGAAAAACUGCCAGAAUUAGAGAAGACUAGAAAAAAAUUUGUUUAUGAGCUACCAAAAUUAGAAUAUCCAUAACCUUUAAAAUUAAUGACAGUUGAAGAAUAUAGAAAUAUAUUGGAGAAAAGAAUUAAAGAAGAAGAAUAAAUAAAAAAAUAAAGAUGGGAAUUACCUAAGAUAGAAGUAUUUGUUAAACCCAGUAAGUAUUCAAUAAAAUCAUCAAUUGAUAAUGAUAAUCUUAGGAUUCAGAUGGAAUAAUUCUUAAUUGAUUGA